AUGAGAAACCAUACAGUAACAACAUUCAUACUUCUGGGACUGACAGAUGACCCUCAGCUGCAGGUUCUGAUUUUUAUCUUUCUAUUUCUCACCUACAUGCUGAGUGUAACUGGAAACCUGACCAUCAUCACACUCACUUUUGUGGAUUCACACCUCAAAACACCCAUGUAUUUUUUCUUAAAAAAUUUCUCCUUCUUAGAAAUCUCGUUCACAUCUGCUUGUGUUCCUAGAUACCUCUAUAACAUAGCAACAGGUGAUAACGUCAUUACCUAUAAUGCCUGUGCCAGCCAAGUGUUUUUCACUGACCUCUGUGGAGUAACAGAAUUUUUUCUCCUGGCCGCCAUGUCCUAUGACCGCUACGUGGCCAUCUGCAAACCUCUGCAUUAUGUGACCAUCAUGAGCAGCAGAGUCUGCAGGAAUCUCAUCAUCUGUUGUUGGAUGGCUGGUUUAUGUGUAAUAAUCCCACCACUUAGCCUGGGGUUAAAUUUAAAAUUCUGUGACUCUAAUGUGAUUGAUCAUUUUGGCUGUGAUGCAUUUCCCCUAGUGAAAAUCGCAUGCUCAGACACAUGGUUCAUGGAGCAGACAGUUAUCAUCUGUGCUGUGCUGACCCUGAAUAUGACUCUUACUUGUGUCGUUCUGUCAUAUGCUCACAUCAUCAAGACCAUUUUUAGACUCCCCUCUAAGCAGCAAAGGAAAAAGGCCUUUUCUACUUGUUCUUCCCACAUGAUUGUGGUUUCCAUCACAUAUGGCACGUGCAUUUUCAUCUAUAUGAAUCCUACAGCAAAGGAAGAAGUGACCAUUAAUAAAGUAGUUUCAUUGCUCAUUUCUUCUAUCUCACCUUCCCUGAACCCGUUUAUUUAUACUCUGAGAAACGAUCAGGUGAAGAAAGCCUUGAAGAACUCAAUCAAAAGAAUGGCAUUGUUCUCAGCUAAGUAG